AGCUGAGUUAUCUGUGAGGAGAGAAAAGACACGGAGCCUUUGGUAUUCAGCGUGUGCUGGAAUGAACUUCAGCAACCUCAAAGCCGAAGCUGAAAAUGAAUGGGCAAUUCAGCGUGUGCUGGAAUGAACUUCAGCAACCUCAAAGGGGAAGCUGUUUGAACGGUGAUAGUUGGGGUUCGUUGUCUAAAACUCUCGCUUAGGGCUAGUUCGUGUUAAGUUGUAACUUUUCACAACAGACGUAACCGUGCCGCUUCUCCACUCCAAGCAGUUAGCCGGAUACUUUAGGGUACUUGGUGAUAGUUCCCCAAAUGAACUUCAGCAACCUCAAAGCCGAAGCUGAAAAUGAAUGGGCAACAUCAAAAAGUUUCCCAGUGAAACUGAGUGUAGUCGUGAAUUAACAACGCGAACGCUGUGACAACUUAUGCGUUAUUCAUAGGAUAUAGAUAUAAUACACGCUGUUUGUUUUUCUUAUAUGCGCUUUUUAUAGAGGUAAAAUGCACUAUGCGCAAUGUUUAUUUGUUCAUCAUUCAGAAGUUUUCAAGGAACUAGAUCUAUGUAACGAAUUACCCACUAGGCUUUCCUUUUCUUGAUUGUGGUCAAUUUUCAUGACUGCGGCAAUCUUGUGAUUGAGAUCAAGUAGUUUUUUCUCAUAAUAGAAUUAUUCAUUGAAGCCAUCACACCUAACAACAUGUUGCAGUCUCUCUCCAGUCGUAAUGCCCUGUUCCUAGGGGCAGCUGCGUGCGUGUCCUCUUUGCCUGGCGUGUACUCCGAAGUGCGACAAGUUUCGCUGGCAAUCGAUUCUCCACUCGAUAUCGGGGAACAAGAUGAGACGGAGCUCCUUGGUCAUGGAGCUGCACGCUUUCAGGGUCUAGUACACAAGCACUUUGCCGGAACCAGGGGUUCAACUCAAGGCACGGCUGAAGCGACGGAAGGACAUGUUUUACUUAUGAAAAAGGGGCGGGAAGAUUGAUAGAAAUCUAUUACUAUUUAGGAAGAUGGGAAAAGGAAUCCAUUUUGACGCAAGAUAGAAUUUUCGACUUCUUUUUGUGAGUGAAUCACGCUGGGAGUCGAGCUCGUUAUCUGAGACGGGCUCGAUGCGCAUGCGCAGGAUCCAUAAUCUAUAACCUGAACAUGGAUCCUGCGCAUGCGCAUCGAUACGAUAAUCUAUAAUCAGGUUUGCAUAGGGUCCAUAAUCCUUUCGUAGUUUGCCACCUGAAUAUGAACAUCAAUAGAAAUAGAACUGCAUUGACUUUUUCUAAUUCGAAGCAUUUUGGAACAAGCGCUCAACCGAGAAACGAUGUGGUAACACGCACGACGCAUACUGGUGUCAGCGAUGAGAUCAAGAGUGCCUUCGGCUCCGCGUGUGCUGGGUUUUUGCUCUUUCUCUUCGCAUUUCCGCUCCUCUGGGGGAAUGAGUCUCGCCAGGCGAAAAUGUGGCGUCUUUUUGGCCGUGCUCGCAAGAUCGUGGUGUCUGAUGUAGCGAAAUGCGAUGAUAACAACGACCGCCGCUUGGUUCACGUGCCUGGAGUUACUAGUAUUAAGGCAACUUUAUCUUAUCGAACCUAAAUUAAUAAGAGGAUGCGUCAGUUUGCCUUCGUUCUUGAAAAUUAAGAUCACCUAUUAACUACCUCAUAGUAGAUUGAUAGCCAUCCAUAACCUAACCUAACCUAACCUAACCUAACCGCAUAGUGCAGACUCCAUAAUUUACUAACCAUAGGAGCUAUACAUCACAACAGGCAAAUCUGAGAUACGCGCAGCAAUUAGGACACUUCUCAGCAGAAGCAUCAACGAUCAGGAUUUCAAACACUCCUGAAGACGUUUUGAAGGAUAAAGAACCCUACAUCUCUUACUUCUUCUAACACUCCUGAAGACGUUUUGAAGGAUAAAGAAGGGUUCGGUAUUACUCUGAAUGGUGGAUGUUUGGCCUUGACGCGCGAAGUGGAGAUGUAUCAGUGGGAGGAGAAAUCUGAGAGCAAGAGCCAAGACGACAACUACGGUGGAAAGGAUACCACCACGACUUAUUAUUUUAUGACAACUGCAGCAGCGUUUGUGGAUUAAUAGAGUAGUGAUCUCAAUCCUUACAUUCUCGAUUCUUCACCUUGAAUAGCUUCGUGGGCAUCUGUCUCUGUUGGUGUACAACUAUACUGCUACUAGUAUCAUCAUCUUUGCUCUAUUCUUUUCUAUGAAUGUGUAGUGUUGAUUCUCUCUAUCUCUAUCUCAACCACAAUCUCAUGUCUAAUCUCCAUGUCUAUGACGACAAUCUCAUGUCUAUGACGACAAUAUCAUGUCUAAUCCCCAUCGCUGUGUAUGGAAGUCCUGCGCAAUCGACAGCAGUUCCUUCCAGGAAAAGGCCGGUCACGAGAACCCGAAGUUUCCAUCUGAGUUUUCGGGUUCUUUCGAUGAAGACAAUUCGGGUGUGCUGUAUGCUCCCAAGGUCAGCCUGAAGGAUUUCCGAGUCCCAAAGCCAUUAUUGACCCGUCUCGUAACUGCGACAAAGUCCAAACCGGUAGUUGUGCCGGGAGAAGGAGGUCUACUACUUGGAUUUUUUGGAUGUGAUUUGGAAUAAUUACAAAUGUUGUCUAAGUAAUUGAGUUGUGAAGAUGACCUUUCUCUUUCUCUCUCGCUAGUUUCAGCAUAGACUGGUGAUCUUGCACACUCUUAGGAAGGCAUUUCGAGUUCUUUUCAUUUUGUUUCUUUCCUCCAACCUCCACUUCAGCUCGCAAAGCUGCUGGUCGCACUUGGUAUACUACCUCAAGUUUAGACUCAGCGGAGAAGGGAGAGUGGCUGUGCACCGACACCUCUGCCGAACCACAAGUCGGUGCGCUUCGUGUGCGAUAUACCAAGACCGAGUGCGGACCAUGUACUGUGUUGGGUGUGCAAUCUCAGAACAGUUUCGUUCCGCUAGAAGCUGGGUUCAAGACCGAUGCAGGCGACGAAACACGUGUUGCGCCAGGCAGUGUCCCGCCUUUGGAAGAACCCUUGUUGCAGUUAUGACUUUUUUUUUAUUACUCCAUAUUUCUUUUAUCCAACUCAAGUAGAAAGAUAAGCAUAAGUAGAUCCAUGUCAGAGCGAAGCAGCGUGAAUGUCCUUAAGGGCGACCUGUUUCGAACCUCUGGGGCCUGGUGCAACAAACAAGAAAGCGAAAGGAUAACAAUGAUACUAUAAUUAUCUAUAUUAUAAACCAAAACUUAUUUUGAAUGCUAAACAGGAGUGAGUUUACGGCUUGAGAUGUACGCAAAUCAUGGCAAAGAUGUACGGGUGAGAUGUAUACGUCUGAGAUAUAUAUCUCGAGAUAUAUAUCUUAUACGUAAACCACGGGAAAGAUGUACUCUUGAGAUGUACUUACACCGGGGUGAUUCAUAGUAGGUUUCCAAAAUUCCACUUUUUUGAGAUGUACGGAAAUCAUGGGAAAGAUGUACGGGUUAGAUGUAUACAUCUCGCGCCGUAAAAAUGCCGCGUUUUUGCGUACAACUUUCCCGCGAUUCUGCUCCUGCUAAGGCUUUCGGCAGUACCUCAAAACCCUGAACCAACAGCACAAGCCAAGGACUGCGCUGCAUGGACAAAAAACGAAGAGCGAAGCGCCUCAGCCUGGGGCCAGUCAUCUCAUGAAGAAAAUCCGCUGCGUCUGCGUAUGUGCUACAAAAAGGACCCACAUGCAAACAAAGAAACGCAAACAGAGGCAAGCACCCAGCAGCUACACGCUGAGCAAGUUAGCACCUGCGCGCUUUUUGGAUCAGCAGGCGCCUGAGCUGGCUCAAAGGGUCAGACCUUUCAAGCAGGUCAAAAGUAGACAGCGACCUCAUAAAGCUGCGCGCUUUGGGUAAGGAUUUCGAGCUGACUCAAAGGAUGGGGCCGCUCAAGCACGUCAAAAGUAGACAGCAACUUCAUAAAGCUGCGCCUUUUGGAUAAGAAGUCUGAGCUGGCUCAAACUAAAAGGCUGGGACCUUUUAAGCACCUCGAAAGUGGACAGCAAUCCCAUAAGUUUGCGCUUUAGGAUAAGGAGUCUGAGCGGGCUCAAAGGGUGGGACCUUUCAAGCAGAUCAAAAGUAGACAGCAAUCUCAUAAAGUUGAGCUUUUUGGAUAAGAGGUCUGAGCUGGCUCAAAGGGUGAGACCUUUCAAGCAGGUCAAAAGUAGACAGAAAUCUCAUAAAGUUGUGCUUUUUGGAUAAGGAGUCUGAGCGACGUCAAAGGGUGAGACCUUUCAAGCAGCUCAAAAGCAGACAGCAACGGUAUAGAGUUGCGCUCUUUGGAUAACAGGUCUGAGCUAAGUCAAAGGGCGACACCUUUCAAGCAGCUCAAAAGGAGGCAGCAACUUCAUGGCGUUGCGCUCUUUGGAUAAGGGGCCUGAGCUGGGUCAAAGGGUGGGACCUUUCAAGCAGGUCAAAAAUAGACAGGAAACGCAUAAAGCCACGCGCUUUGCGUAAGAGGCUGGAGCAGAGUGAAAAGAUGGGACCCUUCAAGCAGGCCAAAAGUAGACGACAGCAAUCACAUAAAGCGGCGCGCUUCGGAUAGGAUGCCUGAGUGGCCUGAGCUGGGUCAAAAGGUGCGACCUUUGUUUCAAGCAGGUCAAAAGUGGGCAGCAAUUUCCUAGAGCUGCGCUCUUUGAGUAAGGCGCCUGGCUUGACUGAGUGAAAGCGUGGGACGUUACGAGCAGGCCAAAAGUAGGCAGCAGCUUCAUGUCAUGAAGUAGAUUGCGCUUUUUGAGCAAGGAGCUUGAGCAAAGAAAGGCAAAAGGCGGGACCUCUCAAGCAAGCCAAGCCAAAAGCAGACAGCAGCCCCAUGGCGUUGCGCUUUUUGGAUAGGGUGCCCGAGCUUGGUCAAAAGCCAAGGUGGGACCUUUCAAGCAGGUCAAAAGUGGGCAGCAAUUCCAGAAAGCUGCGCGCUUUGAAUAACCAAGCUGGCCAGAUCUGGGCCAAAGAGCGAGACCGUUCCAGCAGGUCAAAAGUGGGCAGCCAUUUCAUAGAGCUGCGCCCUUUGAUUGUGGAAGGCCUCUGAGUGAGCUGAUUGAAAGGCUGGGACCUUUCAAGCAGGUCAAAAGUAGAGAGCAAUAUCAUACAGCUGCGCUUUUUGGGUGGGAGGUUUGAGCAGAGUCAAAAGCCGAGACCUUUCAAGCAGGUCACUCAAAAGUAGGCAGCAACUUCAUAAAGCUGCGGCUUUUGGGUAGGGUGCCUGCGCUGGGUCAGAGGGUGAGACCUUCCCAGCAAGUCAAAAGGGCCAGCAGCUUCACAGCGUUGCGCCGUUUGGAUGAGGGUCUUGAACUGAGCCAAAGGGUGGGACCUCUUAAGCAGCUCACAAGUACGCAGCAACUUCAUCGCGCUGCGCUUUUUGGAUCAGAAAAGAAUGGGCGCAAAGGACAAGGCCUCUCGAGUACGCCAUAAGUAACCAGCAAGCCCAUAGGCUUGGGCCUGCUUUCUGGUCAGAAAGCUCAAGCGGCUCACAGAUUGCAUCGCCCAAGCACAUGAAAGCCGCACAGCACUGCUCGCGUGGCGUUGUUCUUGUUCACUUAGAUCAAAGCCUUGAGAUGACGCAUGCCCACACCUCUCGAGAAAGCCAGAAGCAGAUAGGGAAGCUAAGCGAUAGAGCGCAACUUGCCGUAAGCUUGGGAGGGUAAAUGGCUCACAGAGAGCACACGCGAAGCAGCUGAAGCGUAGGCAGCAACGCGACACCAUAAAGCUGCGUGAUUUGGAUGGAAAACCUAAAACGGCGCAAAGAGUAAAACCCCGCAAACAGGCCGAGAGUAGAACGGGGCCGCCCCCUAGUUCUCUCCACGGAAAAGAUCCACGGUAGACGUUCUCAUGGUGAGCGGCGUCGGGCGUAGUGCUUCGCCCACUAUGCGGAGAACCGAAAGCGACAAGCCUGGGGCCCCCCUCGUGGCACUGCCAUGCCAGCCGGAGACGCAACACACUCCAAGAGUAGGGGACCCACGCCCAAAACCCGGGCCAGGGGGCGCGCGAGGUUCUCAUGGUGAGCGGAGUCGACUGCAGUGCUUCGCCCAGCCACUACGCUGAGAACCAAAAACAGCAGGCCUGGAGUGAUCUGCUCAAGGAUUUGACUCUCGGCGUAUGUAUUUGGUUACCCGUUUGCCUCAUUCGUUCGAAGUAGUUCCUUUUGGGCGUUUCGGGUGCUGCCAGGGCGGGGGUUUAUGUAGCACGUAGUAGCUUGUAGCGCGGAGCUGCUUUGCUUAUUCCAUAGCCCGCCACUCUUUACGUAAUUCGUAGCACGCCGGUAGGCCGUAUGGAUUUUAUGUAACUCGUAGCAUUUGCCAGACCCUUCCGCCCUGCCCCGGCGUGUGUACACGCCGGGGGCACGUGGGCGGUAUUUAUAUAUAAGCAAUUUGAUCGCCUUUAGAGGAACCAUUGUUGCAGUUAUGAGGUUGAUAUCAUCCAAAUCCAUGUUCAUCGAUGUUUGCAUCCAUGCUUGUUCUCGUAGUACUCAGGAAAUUGAGUUAGAGUUCCAUGUUUGUUCUCGUAGUACUCAGGAAAUUGAGUUAGAGUUCCACGUUUGUUCUCGUAGUACUCAGGAAAUUGAGUUAGAGUUCCACGUUUGUUCUCGUAGUACUCAGGAAAUUGAGUUAGAGUUCCACGUUUGUUCUCGUAGUACUCAGGAGCUCCCAUAUCUAAUCCCUAAGGGAUCCGCUGACGCAGGUGUCCAGAAGAUUGGUAUCGAACCCAGUGACGUCGGACAAAAUGCCGGUUGCAUGACGAUUUUUUGUCGUGUCUGUGGUGCAGUGUCCGGCUUCGUUUCCAAUUUUGGUACCAGUGUGUUCGAGGUGAGCAACGAAACUUUAAGCUGCAAGGCUAUCUUCGAGCAAGCGGAAGGUGCGCAGAACAGCAUCCACACACUGUUGCAAAUUGUGGGGUUUCUGUUAUGAAGAAGUAGUUGAAGCUAGUCGUUAUUCAAACGACAAACUGUGUAUCAGGAUGGUAAGAUGAUUUUUUAGUCGGUAAACGACGAAGACGUACAUGUCACUGAAGACUGAUAGCACAGGCACAUGGUUUUUGCUUGAAGUUGUGGAGUAUUUUUGAGUCAAACAAAGCAAACAAAAGAACCAACAUGACCUUUUCUUUCUUUCUCUCUCCGACUCUCAAUCCCCUUCGUCUUCUAAUCGGAAUGCUUUUCGGUGGCCUGCAGAUGACAUUCAGUGUCGUGCCUGCCCUCUUUCGCGUUAUCCCGUUUGUCGGCACCUGGAUUCAAUUGUUUGGUAACUUGAUCGCGACAGCAGCUGCCUUUAUUUUGGGGUGCAUUUUCUGGUGCACAACAGUGGCGUUGGCGUGGUUUGCAGUGCGUCCGCAAUACGCAGCUGCGUUGUUAGGAGGAGGUGUGUGUGUCUUCGCUGCAAUCACUGCGGCUUCGAAAUUGGCGGCUUGAGGUGCUAGGAUACUGGUGACGUGGUAGGUUCGAAUUUCACAGUCCUCACGGGUUGAGAGUGGUCGAGAUUGGGGAUUUGUACUAUUUUGGGAUUUGUACUACGUUUCGAGUAUUUGAAUUUGUAUUUGCUCAGGAGAGCAGAAGUUGUAACAUGUUAUGAAACAAGUUGUCGUGAAAACAAAUUCUUAUGUAAAGUACGUACAACUUUGGACUUUUUUCCUAGAAGGAACCACGCUGAAUACUUUUGAUAUCAGAUAGUGCUAUUCAUAAAAGAACGUCGAUAUUCAUUCUGAACAACCGUCGAUGUCCUGUUCAUUGUAUCUAUUCCUUGUAGAUUCAUCCUUUACUAUCUGCGAUUUUUUGUCAGCCGUACGUGCUGCCUCAUCUUCUGUAUCUAUUAGAUAUUUUUGCGCUUCUUAUAAACAAGGUUUAUAGCGGCCAUGGAAAGGGUAUACAAAACGCUAAGAGAAGAUGUCAUGGAUCUUUACAAUAAUCGUUAGAAGGUAGAUAGAAUCCGAUAUGUUAUUGAAAAUCAGCAAGCACAGAAGAUUUCCUCGCAGGAGCCAAAGCGCCCAGCAGUGAUGGGGGAUCUACUAUAAGUAUUGUCGAAGACGGAGCUGUACAGAUGAUUUUACAGAAGAUUUACAGACUGGAUCUGCACUCGAAUCUGACACACAACGGAAUCGAAU